AUGGCUGUGAUUAAAAAGAAAAGAAGUCAUCAUGCUAAAGGUAACAAACAAGCACAUUUGCAACAAUUGCAGCAGCAGAUGCAACAACAACAAAUAAAGGACAAUGAAGCAAAUCGGUUGAAACCAGAACAAGUGAAUUCAAUAGUACAUGAUGAAAGUGACACUAUAUCAUUUAGAGCUAAUCUAUUAAAAAAUUUCAUCUUGUCUACAGAUUUCAUGAAUGCUUUGACAAAUCAACCGGUGCCUUUAUCAAAGAUUAAACCUCCAAGGGUUUUCCAGUCUUUGAACCCUGUAACUUUAAGAAAUAUUAUUACGACUUUCAAGACAAAAGUAGAACAAGAACAAACAUUAUUAGAUGAGUUGAAGAGGACAUCUGCAGAUUUAGAUGUUCAAGAACUUCAUUUGGAUUUGGCUAAAGAAUUAGAUAACGAUAUUUCUGUAUACGCCACAUUGGAACAUACAGAAGAUGCUACGCGACAGUAUUGUGAUACUCAUGGGUUACGUUCUCAGGAUAGACGUAUUGUUACACAUGUUAAGAAAUUUCCAUCUUUAAAAAUAGAUCCAAGUGAAGCACCAAAUGAUUAUUGGGACACUACAUAUAAGGAAUUGAUUCAAGAGAGAGAUAUGAAGAUUAAAGAACAAAAGAAAAAAGAAGAAGAAGAAAGAAAAGAAAAAGAAUUACAAAGAAAAAGAGAAGAAGAACAGAAACGUGCGGAAGAACAAAAACGUAUUGAAGAACAAAGAUUGCGUGAUUUGGAAUUACAAAGGAUAGACGAGGCACAACAAAGAAAUUCAUUACAAUUUUCAACAGGAAUGAUAGAUACAAAGAUGGCUCCAGGUGUCGAUUCUGGGAUUACAACAACUUCAGCUGUUGGAACAUCAAUGGCAAAUAAUGUACUAACCAAUCCAACGACAAUACGGCAAUCGACUGGUAUUAGUGAUAAUAAUGGAUUACCUUCAGGUAUUCAAUUACCUUCGACGACAAUAACGGCAACAACGGUAGCGGCGGCAGAUUCCGCAGAUAUUGGAUCAGGGGUAAUUCAGGCUACUAAUUCUAAUACCACAGGUACACUAAAUGAAUCCAAUGAACUUUCUGUUGGUAGAGUACAAAAUGGUACAAACGGUUCCUCAAAUGAAUUAUCACAGAAUACUGGUACCCAGCAACAAUCCCAGCAAUCCCAGCAACAGCAGCAACAACCACAACCACAACAACCCCAAGAUAACUUACUGGAAGAUAUGUUUACUGAAUAUAACGCUAACGAGAAUGAACCGUUCAGUAAUGGGUUUGACGACGAGUUUGGAGAUGGGUUUGAAAAUUUGGAUAACGUUUUCUUUUAA